AUGUCCUGGCAGUGGUGGACGUGGUUAUGCGUGGCGUUUAUCACAAUAGGUGGGAACGAAGCCGGCUCGUGUUUGCCAGAGGCUGUCCCCGAAAGGGACCGGCAAAAUUUGACAAACUCCUUGGGCGAAACCUACCCAAUUGGGCUCAUGGCUGGCAACCUGGACUCCAACAAGCUGCUGAAUAUGAUCCUUUCAAUUCUUUUUCAAGAUGUUCUCGGCUACAACACCGUAGUAGACCGCUCGAACAUUGGUGCGGAGGGGGCGAUUUAUGCUCUGGCUGGAUGCGAGCAGUUUGAGAUCUUUGAGGGUUGCAGCGGAAGGCCAGCGAGGUACCACAUUUAUCUUUCAGCUCUGAACUAUGACCGUGUGGCACUCGAGCUUGACGAAGACAUGAGGCCUGUGACAUUAGGAGGUGGCAUGAGUUACGAAACCAUCUCCAGCCUCUACAUCUCGGGUGCGGUGAAUGAGGAUGCGCUCCAAUCCGAGGGCUUGUCGCUCACUUAUUACCUGAACUGGAAUGCAUCCUGGUUUCAGCCGGGGAGGUACUUCGACAAGAUCACAGACAUCCCUACUUCAGGGCUGAUACCCUGUCAUGAGACCUUCUUUGGGAACCCGGCCUUCAUGGCAAGCUAUUUGGCUGUCAGUGGGGACUUUGCAGGGGUCUUUGAGAAUGGCACCGGCAUCUGCCCAGACGGCUACUGGUUCCUGGCCCCGAGCUGCCGGGCGAAUGCUUCGCAAUGUGUGCCUGCCUUGACCUACAACACUCCGAGGGGGCGGGAGGUUCAGCAAAUGCUUCAGAAGAGCGCUGCCUUCAUGCUGCCUUUGGCGAUUGGGAAGCCGCGCUUGGAUGCACCUUUCGACCUUCAGUUUGACUUCAAAGUGGUUUUCUGGUGGCUAGAGCCUGCCGACUCCUUGUUCCUGCCUAUGAAUCCACAGGCCAUCCACUUUCCUCCUUACGACAGCGCGGCCUUUGUCACGGGGGACCUGAGGACGAUGUUCCGGGGAGUCGUAAAUCAGAAAUGGUCAUCUCGCGACUUGAGCGCUAUGGCCCCUUCGGCUGCAGCUACUGUCACCAACAUGGACAUGUCGAACUACAUGCUUCGUGGGCUUCUCCAACAUCUGGCGCUCUCCGGGAAGUCAGUAGAUGACGUCGCAUGCGAUUGGCUUCGAAACAACAGAGCGAUCUGGACACCCUGGCUUCCGGACAAGACGCAGUGUGUCCCCGGCUUUGGUCUCUAUGACCUCCGGACCGGCAACUAUCUGCCGGACCGCUCCGACCCCGACACUGGCUGCAAGGCCUGUGAGUCUGGACGUUACUCAAAGCAACUUCGGGACUCGCGGGGCUAUACGUUCGUCUGUGCUUUGUGCCCCAUCGGACACAGUCAGCCUUCGGGCGCCGCAGUGUCCUGCGAGCUCUGUGGGCUUGGCGAGUACCAAGAUAUGCCCGGAAGUAGGAGCUGCAGGCGGUGCGGCAUCGGCACUUAUCAAGAUGAGCCGGGUGCUGUGACCUGCAAGAACUGCUCAAGCGCUUCCACCACAGUGGGGCUCGGAUCCAUCUCCAUGCUCGAGUGCGGCUGCCCGGCAGGACACAUCGAGACGUCGCGGCUUGAUGGGGUCCCCUUGUGCUCAAGGUGUGAGACUGGGAUGCAGUGCCCCAUCAUGUCGAGCCUGGAGUCCCUGAUCGGUGGAAACUCAUCCCUCGGGGAGACUUUCGUCCCAAGCAUCAAGCCCGGCUAUAUGAGCUUUGAAUCUGAGAGCCUUUACAUCUACAAGUGUGCUGCAGAGUCGCGGUGCCCUGGUGGAAAGCCAGGCAGCUGCUCUGGGGAAAGUACAGGCGUAGCAUGUGCAGAUUGCGAAGCAGACCAGCGAUGGAACGGGGAACGCUGUGUUGCAUGCGGUCCUUAUGUGAGAGGUGGCUGGUAUUCUGCCAUUGUGGUCGCAUGCGUGUGCAUAGCAGCUUGGCCCUUCGUUCGUCUUCGGAACGUGAAGCACAUCGCCCACACUCGCGAAAUGCUUGCCUUCACGUUUGCGACCACUGUGGAGAUCGGCGGUAAUCUGUUGCAAACUCUGGCGAUUGUUGGCCAGAUGCAGCUUCAGUGGCCUGACUUGCUGCUUGGCGCCUUCCGACUUCUUCAGGCCUUCGCUUUCGAGGCCGCCGACUUGGGCAUCACAUGCUUUACCGGCCCCGGAUGGGUCGAGCAGUUUGUGGCGCAAGUCUCGGUUCUUCCCCUUUCCCUUUGUUGGCUGCUUCUCUUCUACUUCCUGUCCGCGACGUUCGUGUUCCCACAGGGGGACCUUGGGUGGCUCCUGGCUUCGAUGGGCCAGAUCACCAUGGCCUGCUUCCCCGCGCUCUCCAACUUGUCGCUGGUGCCGUUCAUGUGUUUCACGCACCCGAACGGCAAGCAGAGCAACCUCACCAUGCCGGGGCUCCUCUGUGGCUCCGGCGACCACGCCACCGUGCUCGCCGUGGGGGCAUGUCUCGGUGCCAUCCUCCUGCUCUUCUGGUGGAUUUGUGUGUGGGCCGUGAGAGCCCUGCCCCGCUGGAGCCACUC